CUAUCACUGAUUAUAAAAAUAAAACAUAACUUAGAUUUGGGAAUAAUUAUUAUGUUAAAUGAUAAUAAAUGAUUUAUGAUAGUAAAUUUUAAAAGAUAUAAGAAUUAUGAAAAUAGUAUGCAGUAGAGAUAAACUUAGAUUCAGCGCUAAAUUGUAAGCAUUAUAAAUUCUAACAUUUGUACAUUUUAAAAAUGAAAAUUAUCACUCCAAGUCUAAGUGGAUAAUACAUUAUUUAUUGUUGCAGUAUGCUACUAUGUAUAUUUUUUUUUAUUUCUACAGAAUUUAUCGAUAUUUAAUACGAACGUUGUUAUAAUUAUUAUUUUCCUUCUCACUCUUAUAUAAUAAGAAACAAGUCCAUUCUGAAAUUUCAGUGCAUUUUACAAAUUCAUGUGACAUAACCUGUUGUAAGCAAGGAGACGGUAUAAUAAUCCGUGUAGGAAAUACCGAGAAACAAGUAAAAAUGUUUGUCCAAGAGGUGAAGGUGCUGCCUAGUACCGUUUCAUCGAAGCGGUAGAAUCAAGAAGUGUUCUGUAUUUCAGAAAAAUGGAGGUCGUGGUUCAAUCGAAAUUGUGAAUCUGUCUUGUCGAAGAGGGCUUAAAUUGCGUUGUUUUUCAUGUAAUAACAAAUUUCUGAUACAUUUUUCUCGAUUCUUGAUAUUUUACUUUAUUUAUAAAUCGAAACUCCAGAAAGUGAAAAUCGAUUUUUAUGGAGUAAAAUGCAGGAGAGACGUUUUAGGAAGAUAAUACGUUGGAUGUAUAACACUCAAUACAAAAUGAAGUCGAAGGCAAAAGCAAAAAAGUCAAAUAGGAAAUUUGGGAAAAUUACUCCUACAGGAAUCUCUCCUACAAAUUCAGAUUUAUCACAAUUACGUCCACCAGUGGACACAAGUGUUUCAACUUUAUAUCGUGUUAGCAAAGUUUUAGAAACUGGCAGCGAUGAAGUUAAAUCUAUCUUAGCAUAUGAAUGUGAUUUAAUAUAUGAAUGUCGCAUAUGCCAAAGCCUCUUUAGAAGUUUGAUCAACUUUAUUUCUCAUAAACGGGUCUAUUGUAAAAAAAAAUUUGAUGUUACCUUUGUUAAGAACUCUUCCAACGACUCUGACACAAUUCCUACAAAUAAUUUAGAUGCACAAAAGGCACAAAAAGUAUUUGAAGAAGUUUGUGGAAACGAUAGAAUUUUAAGAAGUCAAGUCUGUAAAGAAAAGGAAAAGAAGGAUCUUAGUACAGUUGUUAAUAUGUUACGAAAAAAACAAAUAGAAACUUUGCAAACGAAUACUGAACGAUUAUAUUUGGAAACUGUACAUUCAAAUUCAUCAGCAGUUUAUCAAACUAUUGAAUCAGUGGUUUCAAGUGAGAAUUUUACAGAUUUAAUGAAGGCGCAGGUAACAGAGUUACAAGGUAUAAAUGAACAAACUGCAGUGUUAGAUCAGAAUGGUCAAGUUUCAAAAUCUACUCAAAAGUUGAAUAAUAAUACAACAACUCAAAUUUAUAAUAAUAAAAAAAGUUGUGCAAAAUUCUCUACAAAAAAAACGUUAACAGUUCAUACAAGGACACUGCAUACAUCUCAUAGAUUAUGUUACCCAUGUCCUUGUUGUUCUAAUACAUUUGCAAAUACAUGGAGUGUUUAUAGGCAUCUUUUUAAAGUUCACAAAAAAUCCAAUGAAGAAGUACGAAAGCUAAGAUCGCAAAUUCAAGAAAAAGCAUUUAUUAAAAAUACUACAGUUGCUGAAGAUUUACAAAAGGAGGAUGCUAACAAAAUAUCAGCGAACAACGCAUUAAGAGUUAAUGAAACACAGGAAUGGAUAGAUCAUUUAGAAUCAGAUACAGAAUUACAAAGAUGCGGUGGCUGUGGAAAAAGAUUUGAUAGAAAAGCAGCUCUGUCAGCUCAUUUACAAUAUUGUCAUAGGCGUGUUGCAGCGUAUGAAAGUACGACUAAAGUUAAAAAAGUCAAUAAAGUUCCAUCAAACAGUGUUCCAAACGAAAAUACAAUUGUUAAUUCAGGAAGUAACAGCGCUACACAAAUUAAUAACACUAAUGUAACAUCCAUUCAUGUGGCAGCAAUUGGCAGUUUAAGUAAAACAGAUUGGGAUAUGUUGAGUAAUGAAAAAUCUAAUGGAAAUGUUCUCGUGAAUGGAGAACAAAGAAACAAGAUGACAGAUAAUCUUUCUUCUGCAAGUGAGGUUUCUGGUUCUUUAGAAAUUGUAUAUACUAAUAUAAACAAACAUAAAGUUAAAGUUGGGAGUAAAAAACGAAAAAAUAAGGAUAGUACAAAAAGAUUGAAUAAUAAUACAGAAAAUAUUAAAAAAGAUAUAUCUUUGGAAAUAAGUAUUGGGCACAAUAAUAAAGAAGCUGAAAAUCAUGUAUUACUAAUGGAAAAAAAAAUAGCUUCAAUAGUGAACUUUGAAAAGCUUCAGUGCCUUCCGUGUAAACGAAAAUUUCCUUCAGUGAAUAAUUUAAGAAAACAUGCUGCCAUUCAUAUUGGUUGGAAUCGUUAUCAAUGUAAACUCUGUGAUUAUAAAUGUUUCGUUAAAUGUGAUUGUAUAGCACAUUGCAAUAAAAUUCACAAUGCUCAAAAUAAUCGUGUCGUCAUAGACGAAAUGAUAACUCAAAUUCCAGACGAUCAAUACAUGUGUGACGAAAAUGUUAUGUCGAAUGGAACGAACUUAGAAAAGGAGAUUGACGCUCCAGAAGUUGUAGAAGUCAACAUUUCUGCAGAAAAUAUGGAGGUAGAAGUCGAAAUGGCAAAGGGAAAUGUAAAUGAAAUAAAAACUGAAACUAAUAAGAAUUCAAUAGUGAUUUAUGAAAAUGGUGAAACUCAAGAAACGUUGAAUCAUAAUAUCAAAGGAAAUACUUUGGAACUAAAUCCUGAUCUUAAAAAAAUGGUGAUGGAAGUUAUCUUUGGAUCUCCUGAAAUUCAGUCUACAAAACAAACGAAUGCAAAGGAAACUGAAAUUUCUAGUUCACAGUUACGAAAUAAGGAAGAAGAAACACAGUUUAAGGACUCUAAUUUACAGGAAAAUACAUGUACACAAGACAAUCCAAAAACACAACGCCCUAUACGUAAUAAAAUAAAACCACUAAACAAGGAUUUUAUCUAUGAUUUAAAAGAAGUUACGUACCGUAAAGAUCCUUUAAUUAUGAAAUCUUUCAACAAACAGCUUGCUAAAAGAUCUCCAAUACAGGAAGAAGAUAAUUUAGAAAAAAUUGUAGAUCAACCGUCCAAACGUUUCAAAGCUGAGGAAAGUGAUGAAAUACCAAUUCUUUGUGAAAAUACUACUAAUACUAUAGUAGAUACAUGCGAAAUUAAACAUAAUUGAGAUUUUAAAAAUAAUUCUUUUUCUUUAAAAAUAGUCACAAUUAGUUAAUAAAAAUUGUGAAAUCUUAGUGGAAUAUGCAUUCAAUCAAAGAUACAUCGUUUAA